AUGGACGGAUAUCGAAUAUCAAGGUGUCAUUCGGACGGGGCGAGACGUCAAUCGGGCACCUACCUCAGACUGCGAGCUUCAGGAUUGUCGCUCCGUUCCGAACGCUCGGCGAGAAUCGGCGUGAAAACACCGACCGGACCGCAAGAAGGCGAACAAGACGAGGCCGGAGGGCCGCGGAAUCUCUUGGCCACAGGUCCGGGGGACGGUUUCUCUCGCCCUCUCUCCAGAAGCCGCACGUCUUCGCUCUCUCCAGAAUCCGGGGCUUCUCUCGCUCGCCCGCCCGCCGUUGACGUGA